AAUUUUGUAGUGCAAGGAUGUCCUAUUCGUGAAAGUAAGUGUUGAUGCUAAUAUGCUAUUAUUUAAAUAACUUCAUAACUAAUUUGCAUAUAGAACUAUGCUGUAAAAUAUGUUUACUAAUGAUAUUUUAUUUAUAAAUACCGUCUAAUUAGAUGUAUUAGUUUAUUUUAACAACUUUACAUCUAAUGAUACGUCACUGGAAGAAGAUAUGAUAGUUUUGACUAAUGCAGAGAAUGAGCACAACCAUAUGAAUAAAAUUAAAAUUGAGGGUUUUGCAGAGUUGUUGAUACCUAAAUUUACUAAUAAAGAGUUCAAGUCUUAUUUUCGUUUAGACAGAAGCAGUAUUAAGGUUGUGAUGACAUUCAUUGGUCCUAUUUUGUCUCAAAAAUCUUUAAAAAUAAAUGUCGAAAAACAGAUACUAAUAUUUAUAUGGGUUAUGGCAAAUUGUGAAACACAUCGACAAAUUGGUAAUCGCUUUAACAUAGCAGAGAGUACAAGCCAUGAUAUUAUAACAAAUUGUUUAUUGGCUAUGAAUGAUGUAGCGGGUAAGAUUAUUGUAUGGCCAACAGGAGAAGCUGCAUUAGAAAACAUCCAGAAAUUUAAUUCUUUAAGAGGAUUAAACUCAUUUCCCAAUGUAUUUGGCUGUAUUGAUGGGUGCCAUAUAAAUACUUUAUUUCCUUGGGAAAAACAAACUAAAAUGUCAAAGUUGGAUAGAAAUAUGUUUUGCAACAGAAAACAAGUUCCAUCUGUUGUGCUGUAA